AUGUAUCGAUAUAUACAUAUAUAUAUAUAUAUAUAUAUGUAUAUAUAAGUUUUAAGAUUUGAGAGAAAGCUUGGAGAGAGCAAGAAUGGCAAAUUUGGGUAUACUCAAAAUCAUGGUUUUAUUAUUAGAAAUGAUAUCUUUUCCUUUUUCGCUUUCUGUCCACAAAAACUCUGCGAAUUCAACUCUGUUUCCUUCCGGUUUUCUCUUCGGCACCGCCUCCUCUGCCUACCAGUAUGAAGGUGCGUACUUGACAGAGGGAAAAGGAUUGAACAAUUGGGAUGUUUUUACUCAUCAUCAACCAGGAAAAAUACUUGAUGGAAGCAAUGGAGACAUAGCCGUGGAUCAGUACCACAGAUUCUUGGAAGACAUCGAAUUAAUGGCUUCACUUGGAGUCAAUAGCUACAGAUUUUCAAUUUCAUGGGCCAGGAUCUUACCUAAAGGGAGAUUUGGAGGUAUUAAUUAUUCAGGAAUAAAAUACUACAACAGAUUAAUUGACGCUCUCCUAAGUAAAGGGAUCCAGCCUUUUGUGACACUGAACCAUUUGGACUAUCCUCAAGAACUCGAAGACCGAUACCAAAGCUGGUUAAGCCCCGAGAUUCGAGAAGAUUUCGGGUACCUGGCCGACACAUGCUUCAGAUAUUUCGGACACAGAGUCAAACAUUGGAUAACGGUAAACGAACCGAACCAACAGAUCGUAUUGAGUUAUCGCAAGGGAAUUUUCCCGCCGUGUCGGUGCUCUUCACCGUACGGGAACUGCGGCAAAGGAAACUCCGAGACCGAGCCUUUUACAGCCGCCCACAAUAUGAUCCUAGCACAUGCGGAGGCUGUCCGUAUAUACCGAACGAAAUAUCAGAAAGAACAGAGUGGAAGCAUUGGCAUCGUGGUGCAGACGUCGUGGUUCGAACCCAUCAGCGAGUCCACCGCUGAUAAACUAGCCGCUGAACGAGCUCAGUCUUUCUACUCGAAUUGGAUUCUGGAUCCUGCUAUAUACGGAAAGUAUCCGGAUGAGAUGGUUGAACUUCUCGGACCGGCAUUACCCGAAUUCUCGGUCGAUCAAGCCAAGGAUCUAAAGAAAUUGGGAGUAGAUUUCGUGGGUAUUAAUCAUUACACAAGUUACUUUGUCAAAGACUGCUACUUCUCUUCCUGUCAACGUGGAGAUGGAUCCUCUCGAACCGAAGGGUUUGCCCUAAAAUUCGAUCGGAAAGGCAACGUAUCCAUUGGAGAAUUGACAGAUGUAGAUUGGCAACAUGUUUAUCCACGAGGGUUUCGCAAGGUUUUGGACUACAUCAAAAAUCGAUAUCACAAUACACCGAUCUUCGUAACAGAAAAUGGUUAUGGAGAUUUGGAGAAACAAGAUACAACGGUUGAAGAACUUGUAAAUGAUAUAAAACGAAGAGAAUACAUGAGAGGCCAUUUGAAUGCCCUGCAAGCUGCAAUGAGGAACGGAGCGAAUGUGAAGGGAUAUUUCGCGUGGUCGUUAUUAGACAACUACGAAUGGUUAUACGGAUACAGACUCCGGUUCGGACUAUUCCACGUGGAUUUUACCACUCUCAACCGUACCCCAAAACUUUCAGCUUCGUGGUACAAAUAUUUUAUCAAUUACCAUACCAAUACAAGUUCUCGUGGCAAUGGACAUAUGUAACCCUAAUAUAUAUAUAUAUCUACUUUAUUUGAGAUGUUAUUCGUGCUUUGUGAACAUAUUAACUAUAAAUUAAUUACCGCAAUCUAG